AUGUUUCCUACUCCACUUGUACGCUUUGUACGUGCCGUUCCAGUUUUGAACGUAAAAAGAAGCUUUCAAACGGCCUUCCUCGCGAGAAAUAAGGAUACAAAUUCAUCACUUUUUGGAUCCAUAACUCAGGGCAUAGAAGAACAACCUGACGAUCCUCAAAGAAUCUCCAAUAGACUCACUGCGGCUUCUAGUGUUAGCGAAAAAGAAGCUACGGAUCCAAAGAAAACGGUGACAGUAGCCAAUGAUAAGUUAUUGCAAUCAUUUAUCCACAAAUCGCAAUCAUCUGCGUCGGCUACUGAUCUUCUUCUAUCACCACUAAAGAAACGAAUUUACGAGGAGAACUGCAGGAGUAAUGGUGGGUUCUACAAGAAGGAUUCAAUAGUGACCUUGACCGAAGCGAAUGGCCAGAAACUGAAAUACAAGCUCAACUUGAGUCGCGAAGAGAUAGAGGCUCUGGAACCAAGCAUAUAUGUGAAAUCCUACCGUCUCAAAUCAUCGAUGAAGAAAGCUACACAAUUCUUGCGACUACUGGGCGGAGCCGAUGUCACAACAGCACUUUCGCAAUGCCAUUUUUCCGAUAAAAAGGUUGCGCGCGAUGUAGCCGAGGUUCUCACGCGAGGAGUACAGGAUGCAGAGAAGCUGGGAAUCGAAGCUGACAACAUGUACAUCGCUCAAAUAUGGACCGGUAGUGAUGGAUAUUGGCAGAAAAGAAUUGAUAUCAAGGCUCGAGGCAGAAAUGGUGUCAUCACACAUCCGUACGUGCAUGUAAGAUGCAUACUGAAGACCAAAGAUGUAACAAAGCGUCGGAUUGCUUACGAACAGCAACUUAAACAGGAGAGACGCAAGCCAUGGGUUCAAUUGAACGACCAGCCUGUGAGGGGCGCCAUGGGGGGCGUUUACAAGUGGUGA